CCAAUGGCCCGCCCCUCACCGUGUGGCGCGUCCUGACGCUUCUCCACGUCGCAGCGCUGCCUCUCACAGGCGAACCAGCUGCGUGUGUAUGCGUGUCUCCAGCUAGGCCAGAGAGUGAUGGCGGCGCCCGUCCUGAGAGUGUCCACCCCUCGGUGGGAAAGAAUAGCCCGGCUCCUCGUCUGCCUGCUGGGCAUCCUGCUUUCUCUGUACGCGUUUCACGUCGAGAGGGAAAAGGCCCGGGACCCGACUUAUAAGGCCAUGUGCGACGUCAGCAGCUCCAUCAGCUGCUCGAAAGUGUUCAGCUCCAGGUGGGGUCGAGGAUUUGGACUCCUGGGCUCAAUAUUUGGGAAUGAUAGUGCGCUGAACCAACCCAACAGUGUCUACGGGAUACUCUUUUAUGCCUUUCAGCUCCUACUAGGAAUGACCGUCAGCGCAAUGGCCGCCCUUUUUCUUAUGACGACGUCCAUCUUGUCGGUGGUGGGUUCACUCUACCUUGGCUACAUCCUCUACUUUGUCCUAAAGGACUUCUGCGUCAUCUGCAUCACCACAUAUGCGCUGAACUUCAUUCUGUUUAUCCUCAACUACAAGCGACUGGUUUACUUGAACGAGGCCUGGAAGCAGACGCUUCAAGCCAAGCAGGACUGAGCUGCCCAGAGGGGCGCGAUUAAAUAAAAAUGGAAAAAAAAAAAAAAACCUGAUGACAACAAAACAAAAAAAAAAAGGAAAAAGAAAUGUGACCUCUGAACAUUUGACUUGCCACAAGGAGACCUUGCUUCCAAACAAUGUUUAUUCUGCUGUGUGUUCAAAAAACAAAAUGAAGAAAUUUAACUUAAAUGUUGGGCCUGACAUCUCGAUUGCAAACACUGAAGGAUUUGUAAGUGCAAGAUGGUUUCUGUUUUAAUCUCACAAUCCCCCCCACCCUCCGCCCCUCCCCUCCGUGUUUAACCUGUCACCUAUGGGCUCAGCCAGCUGUGUUUGUGUGGCUGGGAAACGCAACACCCCGAGCUGGCUGAGGUGGAAGCCCACACCAGACGUGCCGACGGAGGACGAUUUUGAUCUGAAUGAAAAAGGACGACGGGGCGGAGGAAGAGACGGGACAUUAAAAGGUUUACUUGAAAUUAGUAGCGAUCAUCUGUACUAAAACUGCUGGUCCCAAAGUCAAAACAAAACGGCCAUUUGGUUACCGCAUAGUCUGCAGAUAACGUUUUAAAGCAGGUUGACCUUUUUUUUUUUUUUUUUUUUUCUUCCAUGUUGACACUUUGUAGAACUUUCUUUUUUCUUUGAGGACCACUAAAAUAAACAUGGGACAAUGUGAGAAUUUGUGUAGAUCAGUCAGAUUAUUAUUAUUAUUUUUUUUUUUUUUUAGUUUUUUGCAAUUGUGUAAAUAGCUGCUGAGCAAUAUUCCAGACUAGAUCGUGGCAUAAAUGUUGACCCAAAAAUCAAACCCAACCAACAGAGCUUAAACAAUACGAAGAGGACAGUAGACCUGGAAGAUUACCGUCACAGCUGGGCGGACGCGUCCGAGGAUUUGCUCGUGGACAUCUUCCCGCUCCAUAAACCCGGCCGGGCAUGUGGUUCAGAAGGAUGUCUUUGUUUAGAAGUGGAUUAAUUGCAUCAGAAACAGAUCUGCAGGUUCUUUUCACUGUUUGCUCAAAGGCACCCUCACGUUUUUUAUUUUUUAUUGUAUGAAAAGCAUUCCUGACCACCACACAAGUGGGAUCCAUUGAGACGUAUGUGCCUAAAGGAGUGUUUAGGUGAAUUACUAUUCCUUUUUUGUUUUAGUUGGGAUCGGGUGGGAGGGGUUGUAAUGUUAACACCAAUUCUUCCUUUUAGUCAGUGAAGAGCCUAGGCAUGGGCCGGUAUGGGAUUCUCACGGUAUGACUAAAUACACAACAGUAUCACGCUUGUUACAGUGUUUAUUGCACAGAAUAUGAUUCCCAUUUGUACUUCUGUGCUUUACAGAGUAACAAUGCUUGUAUAACAAGCUGAUAAUAGAUGGCUAAUCGGUCAGGCUGUCUGCAGUCAGCCUCCAGACAGAAAUGCCACUUGUAUUCUGCCAACUGAUAGAAGCAAACAGUGUUACUUAAAGGUUUACGAGCGGGGCUGCUUUAGUGUUCAGGUUUGAGUUAAACUUCAAGAGGUAAUUCUACAUAUUAUUAGACCUUUUUUUUUUUUUUUUAAGUUCUGCUCUUCAUUGAGUAGCACAAGAACAGGAAGCUGACAAUAGCUGGUUAGAUGGGCUAUCUGCUCCGGUAGCUGGGCAGACAUGUCGCUCGUAGCUCAGCGACUUAUCCUAACUGCUCUGCAACCAGAAAUAUCCAAACGACCACAUUUGUCUUUUUUACGGUUGCCGAUCGGCAAAGCGCAGCAGCGUGUGGGGGAGGGGCAGCGUUGCGUUUUUAUGUGCUCCAUGUAGUGCUGCAAAAAAAGACAAAACGUGGCCACCCCGGGUUUCUCUGCCAUCUCAUUAAAAGGACCAGAAGCAGUAGGAGCUCCUGUAAGGACAUUUUAGUGAGCUCUAAACCUCUGGAAAACCUUGGUCCCGGUAACCGGUCCAUGCCUGGAAGGUACCACUAAAGUGUUUCUCCCUCUUAUCGUCUCACCAGGUAGCAAAAGGCUGCUACACUGUGACUGUCUGCUCUAAGGGGUUGAGCGGCCUGCUGCCGGAGGAUUCUUUUAGUCUGGCGGUCACACUAAAUGUCGCCUGUUUUUUUGGGGGGGGGGGUUUGCGCACGUUUGGUGUCGGUUGAACGGUCGCAGGGAUCAUGAGUUACAUGUGGAAAAAGAAAAAACAAAAACUAGUGCACUGGUGAUGUGAACUGCACACGUGAACCAAGGAGUUAGAUUUACUAAAGAACUAAAUGUUGCAUUAAGCCAUAUGUGGAUUGAUUUCUGUGUUUUUGUUCUGUUGAGACGACCAAGUCCGCCACUGUUGUUUCUAAUCACAAUUAGAUCUAACAUAGUCAGGUUAAAGCAGAACUGGACUGCUCCAUGGAGAAAGCAGAUGUAGCUUAUAGAGAUUUUUUUUUCCCCCCUUCCAUCCAGGAGUCAUCCUUUUCUUCUUAUGGGGCCAUAACAGUCUUACACUUUCAAAGACCUGUAACAGUCACUGUAAUAAAUGUAAUGGUGUGAUUCAUCUGUGGUAAUAAACCAGCUCGCCUAUGGUUCCCUUUCUUAGUACGAUUUGCAUCCUCCUGCUGUAAAUGAAGGGAGUGUUGAAGUGCUGAUAACUGUUGAACCGUGCUGUCAGUGACCUGAUAAAUUGUCAAACUAUUGGUAUUGGAAAUGAGGUGAAGCCUCGUGGAUCUAUCCUGGCAUGUUGUAACUCCUGCCACUGCUCGUCAGCUCAUUGUUGACCCUUUUCCGAGAUAAACCAUGUGUUUUAGUCCUAAUCACUUUCCUCCUUUACAUUCCAGGCAGGCAUUCUUUUCUCUGCAGACUGUAAUCCUAUCAGGAUUUAUGAAAAGGCAUGGGCUGCCAUGAAUUUCUCAUGGUGUAACCUUGAGUAAAAAGACCACAAAAUAUCGGUGAUUCGACUAAAUUCUUAACGAACAAUCUCUAACAAUUUAGUUGAUUUAACUUCCAACAAUAAAGCCAUGAUUCUAACAUUAUUGCUACCGUUUAAUAUAAUUUAUUCAGGUGUCUUGGUUUUCUCUUGUUUUGAAAAGGGUUUCAAUCCUUUUCCAAAUCUGGAAAAUUAUUAAAUAUGGAAAAUGGCUGGCUGUUCCAGUCUUUGUAUUGUACUCCCAAAGUUACAAAUCAGAAAUUCUGGAAAAGAUAAAGUUCCUUUUAUGAAGAUUUGCAUUUAAAUGAGGACGUAUAUUUGGUUUGUCACGGCUCGAUUUUUUUUCUUUACCAGAUAAAAAAAGAUGUUCCAAAAGAGCUAUUUCACUGUCUUUGGCCUCUAUAGCAUUUUAUCACUGCAUUUUAAACUGGUGUUGUUUUUUUCUGAAAUAAAGGUAUUACUAAUUCCAAACUGAUUUUAAAGGGUUCAAAUUUAGAAUCAUCCAGUCCAGGUCUUCCAGUUUUGUAUGUUAUAACGAUCCAUAUGCCCUCAAAAUCGUCAAAUGCCCCGUUACCACACUGCCGCAUUUGUAGGAGGAGGGGGUGGAAUAAAAGUGGACCAGGUGGAUGGGUUGUUCCCAAAUAACUAUAAUGUAAAAAAAUAAAUAAAUAAAAGCUCAUCCAUGAAACAACACUGAAAACAGGCUUGCAGCAAGCUGCAACAGGUGGGAGAGGAAGGUUUCUCUGCAGGAGAAAAUUUCAGCCAUUGUGACACUUUCUCGCAUUAAAAUAGCUUUAAACUGUAGAAAUGUUAUAUCAAAUUUGAUCACCAUUGAAAUUGUACGUUUUUAAAACCUCGAUUCUGAUAACCACCCCCAUGCCUGCUUAUGAGUACUCUGUUUCACUGAGUACUCUGUUUCACUGUACAAGUCUUAACAGUCUGGGACUUAUUUUCUUAUUUGCAGCUUUUCUUUUUCAUGCCAUGCAGAAAAGAAUAGUGCUAGGCUGACAUUGGUUUGCUUUCUGGUUUCCGGAGCUUACCGAAGUGUCCCAUUUUUUUUUUCCUUUUUCAGAAACUCUUUUUCUCAACCUGAAUUAAACUGACAUUAAGCUGCCAGGUCCUUCCUGGAACCAGAUAUGGGUCUGGUGGGGUUGGCACGGACCUGGCAGUGCCAAGUGUGCAGCCACUCAUGCAAGCCUGCUACACUAAGUCUUUGAAGUGACUUUACAGAAAUGAGGAAUGUUAAGCAUAAAGGAGAACUAUGUUGUUGGAUUAUUUGAUGUCAGAGCGAUUAAUUUCCCAUUCUUAAUAUUUAUUUAGGCCCUGAGGUAUGACUGCCAUGUUAGUUGCAUCACUAAUGCCAACAAAUGUGCCUUCUGUUUGAUCACCGGCUCUGAGCCAAAGACGAGCAACAGUUAAAGCCUUGUAAGAAGAAGAACUGCACCAGGCACCUCUGCUUGCCUUCCUAAGGAUGGAAUCACAGAAAUUGGAAAUUCCCAAAGAUUCAGAUCCAGUAACAUUACAGUGCAGAAAUGUGUUCGCCAAUUGCCAGACUGAAACCCUGUCGAGUCAUUGUCGUUUAUCUCUUUAUUGUUCCUAUAUUCCACCAUGUAAUUCCUUUUUUUUUUGUCAAGACAAGACUGGUUUGUUCCAAAAGAGUACACUCUGUUCAAAUGAGAUUGUAAUUUUGUUUGGUCAUGAAUUUUUGCCCUUUAGCUGUACAGACUGUUAACAUUCUGAGUUAUUUUAGUUAAAAAAAAUUAAAAGUUGAGGGGCUGGAGAGAUUGGUCGGUAAAAAAAUUGUUUAUUAAAAUUCUUUGUGGAGGAAA